AUGCCGCUCGCGUUCUUAGGGCGAUCCCUUCUGCGAUCUGGCGCGCGGAGCGACCGUUUCCUCCGUCUCCAUGGUGGUUCAUCGACAUGGAGAUGCCGGUGCUUCAGCUCCGAAAAUAAAGUAGAGGAAAACAGCCCAGUGACUCCAAUGCUGAAACACCUUAUGAUGAAAAUCAAGUCAACUGGCCCCAUUACAGUGGCCGAAUACAUGCGAGAAGUCCUAACCAAUCCUGUGAAGGGAUAUUAUAUGCACCAUGACAUGCUUGGAGAAAAAGGAGAUUUUGUUACUUCACCUGAAAUAAGUCAGAUGUUUGGUGAGUUAAUAGGUAUUUGGUUUGUUAGUGAAUGGAUAGCCUCUGGCAAACCUAAAAAAAUUCAGCUGGUGGAGUUGGGCCCAGGUAGAGGCAGUCUUACUCAUGAUAUUUUGCGGGUCUUUAAUCAACUGAACUCUUUACUAAGUAAAUGUGACAUUUCUGUUCAUCUGGUGGAAAUCAGUCCCAAGUUAAGUGAGAUUCAAGCAUUAACACUGGCAGAAGAAAAGGUAGAAUUAAUGGAUAGUUCCCCUGCUUACAUGCAAGGUGUUGCUAAGACUGGACUUCCAAUUUUCUGGUACCGGGACAUGAAUGAUGUACCAGUAGGAAACAGUUUUUUUUUAGCACAUGAGUUCUUUGAUGCUCUGCCUAUACACAAGUUUCAGAAAACAGAAAGGGGGUGGCGUGAGUUGUUGGUCGACACUGAUCCAGAAGCGCCUGACAAGCUACGUUUUGUCCUUGCACCAUUUGCUACGGCUGCUUCAGAAGCCUUCAUACAUGAAAAGGAAUCCCGGGAUCAUGUGGAAGUGUGCCCUGAUGCAGGCAUCGUCAUCCAGAAGCUGGCACAAAACAUAGAAAAGAACGGGGGAGCUGCACUGAUUGUAGACUAUGGUCAUGAUGGAACAAAGACCGAUACUUUCAGAGGGUUCCGUGGCCACAAGCUACACGAUGUAUUGACAGCUCCGGGAACAGCAGACCUCACUGCAGAUGUUGAUUUCAGUUACCUGCAAAGAAUGGCACAGGAAAGAGUAGCUGCUUUAGGUCCCAUAAAGCAACAGGACUUUUUGAAAAACAUGGGAAUUGACAUUCGGCUGCAGGUGCUGUUACAGAAUGUGAAAGAUGCAGUUACUCGGCGUCAGCUACUCCAAAGCUAUGAAAUGCUCAUGGACCUGGAUAACAUGGGAGGAUGGUUCAACUUUUUUGCUCUUCUGCCUCACUACAGACUUGUGGCUUCUGACAAGCUAAAGAAGCCACAUCAUUCAACACCAUUUUCAGUACCUGUUGCUGGUUUUGGUGAACUCUUAUGGAAAUGAGCCCUAACUGAAUGUUUUUUGCAUGAGAAAGAUUCACACUUUGCCAUUCAACUAAGCAUUAUAGAACCAAUUGUACUGGUAUUUCAGUUGUAAU